CGAGGAUGUACCGGUGGCAGUGCGGGAUACGCGUCAUCGUCCCGUGACGACGACGUUAGGAGAGGUGGUGCGAGCCCGCGAGCACGGUGUGGGCAGGUCGCGGCCAUUUUUACCACACGAUGCGGCAACCGUGCGUGCCCGUUCGAUCCGCCAUUCCAAACAAUCGGUGUACUUCGUGCCCUCGCAGGGUGCAUCCAGCCACGGUAGCUCGUGGAGGUACCUACGUGCGACGAUAAUACGCGCUGGUUUACGCUCGGUGGGAGCAGAUUCUUGCGACGAGGGCAGCAACGAGACAGCUCGCGGAAGCCGGCGGUGCUGGCGGCGGUGGUGGUGGUGGUGGUGUUGUCGUACGUCGUCGAGGACGACGUGGAGGAAGAGGAGAAAGAAACGAAGACGAAGAAAAGGAAGGAUGACGACGACAAUGACGACGAAGGCGGCUCGGACGACAAUGACGACGACUGCGGCGAAAAAGAAACGAGUCGAACGACCGAUAUAUCGGUGUACGAACGGAGCUGUCUGAGCGUGCCUGUGAUUCGUGAUAAUCGCGCGUUCUCGGUGUGUUCGCCGAUGGUAGUGCCCUGUUCUAUCGUGCCAGUGUCCGUCUCUCCCUCUGUUUCUCUAUCCGUGUGUCGCUCACUCUCCGUCUGUCCGCCCUGCGUGCGUGUUUCGCGUGCCUCCUCGCCACGCACCGGACUCUCUCCUCUUCCUUCGGCGGCGCGAUCGAUGGUGACACCGUGUGACCGCCUGUGAACUGUCUUUUAUCCGACGAUAGUUUCUCGUCGACUCGCCCGCUACAGGAAAGAACACCGUUUCGGUACAUUCGGCGAAGAAAAGAAUCCACGGCGGAGACGGUUAAUCGAGCCAGUGUUAGCAUGCGCGCGUGUGUCCUGUCGGUAAACGUCCCGUGAGAGUGUGUAUCCGAAGGCAGUGUGUGCUCUCUUACUCGCGCUCUCCCCACACCUCCCCGUCCCGCCAGCCCUAUCCCCCUCUCUCAUCUAUCUAUCUCUCUCGCUCUUGUUCACUUAUUCUACUCUUUUCUUCGUCUUUCACCAUUUCGUCGUCCUUUUUUCGCUCUCUCGCGCUCUUCGACUCCGUCUCCGUUACGCUCGGGCUGAAAGAAGCAUUAAAGACGACCGCGGUAGAAUGCUCGACGAUACCGCGACACGACGGUUGUCAUCGUUCUCGUCGUCGCGCUCGUGGCCGUCCACGGAUCGUCCGCUUCUCACGGCUACGUGUGAAUCGUGGACGUCCGAGUGCUGAGGGCACCUCGAUCUCGCGGGGUUGACACCAGGUCACCGAACAGGCACGAGGGGGGAGGCAGGAGGAGUGGAGGUACUGCCUCGAGAUGGAGAUCGAGGCGAAACAACGGAACCAGAGGAUUCGGAGACGAGAACGAGCCCAGCGUAUGUUGGCGCAGAGGGAGAGCCUGGCCACCGCAAAGCAGCAGCACCACCAGCAACAGCAACAGCAACAGCAACAACAGCAACAACAGACCAACAGGCAACGGGCCAACGACGAGGAGGACAGCCACAGCGGCGAGGACGAGGAACCCGCCGCUGGUCUCGGCCUCGGGCUCGCCAGGACCGGUCAUCCUCGUGACAGCCAUUCGCGACCGCCCAGGCCACCGCGACCCCCGAGGCCUCGUAAGAAGUCUUCCCUCGCGGCUGCCAACCAGAAGGAGCCUCCCUUCGAGGAGGACAUUAUCGACGGCUUCGCCAUACUCGCCUUCCGCACCUACGAGGAGCUCGAGAGUGCAAUAAAGCUAGCUGGUAAAAAUAAUGUCAAGAAAUUGCACACACUACUGUCAAUAGUGGAAGAAAAACCAAAGGUGGAUACAGGACAGAACAAUAGACACAACGAGCACCACAUCAAAAACCAUUUCAAGCACAACCAUUAUACACACAAUUCCAUACUGACACCUUCGACGCUUAACCAGGGCCUAGAUGCAGGUACAAGCGACGAUAGUGGUAGAGCAUCUGAACAACUGCAUGGCCCUGGUAUACCUAGGGAUUGCCAGGACGCAGACAGUUCCAGGGACCACCUCAGCGAUGCUAGCAGUCAUUGCAGUUCGGGUAAAGGUUAUAUCUGUGAUAGUGAAGGAGAAGACGAUAAGGGCUCGGAUGCUGAAUCGAUACUCUUUGAAUCUUCUACCCCACCACCCCUUGCACGUAAAUACGAGUUGCCAUCGUCUUCACCACACGUAUUGCCUCCAGCGAAUGGGGCAGGAGGUUCCCCUCCGGACACUGGUGGACAAAUUUCUAAUCCAGCAACGGAUGCUCCGGCACCUAUACCGCCUCCUGUGCCUGCGUCUGCGCCAGUUCCAACAGCGCCAAGUCCUCCCAGUCCCACUUUACCCCCUCACAUAUCCCAGCCACCUAUGACUAGUCCGUUGGCAGCAAAUCCACGUGCAAUAGCUCCGCAACAGCGGCCAGCUUCCCCCGCUCUGCCACCUCCCUCCCUGUCCCAACAGCCUCACACUACGAUACCUGCGUUACAUACACCUAAUGUGCCCCUCGUUUCGUCGAGUCAUACAACUAGUCCCGCGGUAGCCAGUUUAGGUGUCACCCCAGCAGCGCCAUCAAACGGAGCGACCACCACCAGCUAUCCGCCGUCGAUACCCAUGGCUGCUUAUCCACAAACGCAACCGUCUUAUCCGCCACUUUAUACGCCGUACACUGCUCUAAAUCACAGCCCAUACCUUCCACCUGCGGUACCGUCUCCUUCCCAUUCUGCUUCUUCACGGGCAGAAGUGAGAGGAAGUAGAGCAUCUCCGUGCACUAACAUAAGUAAACAGCCUGUAGGAAAUAAUACCACAAAUCACAAUACUCCACUGAGCGCCGCAACUACGACAUGCGUAUCCACAAUAACUAAUACAGUUACUACAGCAAACACCAUCGCUCACAGGGAUAUGGUGUCCUGUAGCUUGACUGGAAGGAACAAUAACUCACCCCGUGGGCACAGUCCGAGCCGAGAGAGGGACAGUUACAGCAGUAACGUGAGUAGCCUAAGUCGAGGUAGCAUAACGCCCGUAAGUGUGCCAAACACGUCUUCUCCAGCCAAUUCUAGUCUACCUGCUUAUUCCAAGCCACAAGGAUGGAUUGGUAGCAACACAACUUCGCAGUUGUCACCGGCGACAGCAACGUCAGUUCCAAGGCCAACACCUCCACCCGUACCAUUGGGCAUGCAUACAUUUCCACCGCCGAUGUUCGCAGCACCGUUACCGCCACCUGUGUCCAGUUCGAGUCCACAUACGUCACUGCCUUCGUUACCGCCGCCAACGACCAAUCCCAACCCGUUCUCCGCCGAGUCGCUUUUUCAAACAAGGGUGACUCAUGUCGCAGGUCAAGCAGACAUGCUAAGGCGAGAGCUAGACAAUAGAUUCCUGGCCUCUCAAGACAGAAACGUUGGUGUCGGAGUUGGUAAUCUGGGACCAUCUCCGUACCUCAGGACAGAGAUGCACCAUCAUCAACAUCAGCAUACUCACGUGCACCAACACACGACGCCUUUGCUUCCACCAUCAGCAGCGACCACCCUCUUUCCACCUCCCAUUUUCAAGGAUAUCCCGAAGCUGGGCGGUGUCGAGUCACCGUUUUUUCGUGGCAAUUUGAAUCUGUCCGGCUAUUCUGGCUUUAACGCCGGUCUUUUGCAUCCGGGUAUUGGACCACCUUCGACUCCUUUCGUACCACCCAACCAUCUAACGUCAUUUGCACCAAAGAAGACUGGAAAGUGGAACGCGAUGCAUGUGCGCAUCGCUUGGGAAAUUUAUCAUCAUCAACAGAAGCAACAAGCGGAAGCCAAGGCGGGGAACGUCGUUAACACUAAGACGGAACUGCUGAGACCACCUGGACAUCUCUAUCCAGGGGGACCAGGAGCCGGUCUUGGAAUUGGUGCACCUCCAAUGGCGCCUCCGUUCCCCACCAACAUGCCGCAAGCUCAUCCCGCGCCACCUCCACCUCAUCCUGUUGGCUUUCUCUCUACACCAGCAUCGCAUUUAGGAACAGGAAUGUCGCCGUUUGGAAGGUAUCCGUCAACGUUUGGUGCACCAAAUCCAAAUUUCCCUGGUCUCUCCAGUUUUCCACCAUCUAGAGAAAUGCCGCCAUUAGGUGGGUUAGGUUCAGUACACGAUCCGUGGCGAGGGUACGUUUCACUUUCAAAAAGAUUGCAACGAGCCUCGACCGGGUUUCCUCCGACCACCGUCGCGUGGAGCCUGAAGCCGGAACCGCCGGCGAUCGAUAGACGGGCAGAGCUCGAGGAACGGGAGCGCGAGCGCGAACGUGAACGCGAACGCGAACGGGAACGGGAACGCGAGCGCGAAAGGGAACGGGAGCGUAUCAGGCGCGAGAAGGAGAGGGAACGGGAGGAGCAACGGGAGCGCGAGAGACGGGAACGGGAGAAGGAAGAGAAGAGGAAACAACAGGAGGCCGCGGAGAGGGAGAGAGACAGGAGGGACAAGGAGCGUCGCGAGAUGGAGAGACGGGAGAUGGAACGGGAGAGACUGAUGCAUCAGAAUCGUCAGCACGUGGUGGUGGGUAGGGAACGGUCGCCGAUGAGGAACGGCUCGGCGCCCAUGGACGGCAGCGAGGUGCGCGUGAAAGAGGAGCCGCGGAGCAAGGACGACGAGGUCGUGAUGCUUCCGAGGCCACCGGGUCCAGGGCCGGGUGGCGCGUCGGCGACAGGGCCCGGACCAAGUCCGUUGCCCGACGCCAGGUACCAUCAUCCUCAUCCACACUCGUACCUCGCGAGGCAUCCCCAUGGGAUGCCAGCGCCGCACUCCAUGCCGCGGAGCAUGCUUCCCGGGCUGGGCGCGCAUCCGAUGCAACACUUCCCGCCGCCGUCGGGACCCACCGGCCAACCGGGCGGCCCGUGGCCCGGCGACCCGUUCCGGGAUUAUCGCUACGACCCGUUGCAACAGCUGCGCUACAAUCCGCUGAUGGCCGCCGCGGCGUUCCGCGCCGAGGAAGAGGAAAGGGCCAAGCUGUACGCCGGUUAUCCACCACCACCUGUGAACGCACUGAGGGGCAAGGACCCGAGUCCCGGGCCGCUCAGCAAUUUACACAUGCAUCACAGAGCGGGACCCGGGCCGGGAGUACCGACGCGACAACUGGACCCUGGACUGAUGCACGCGGACAUACACAAGAAGGAGGACGCGUCCCAAUCCCGAUGAUACAUCCUCCCUGCGUCCUCGGCUUCUGCGAGCGAACGCACCAAAGGGUCAGCAUUCUGAGCAUUUGAGUAAAAGGAUCUCCAUUAUUCCGCCCUCUCCCCUACCUCCCCUGAACCACGCCCGUUCCUUUACCCUUCCCCUUCCCCUUCCCCUUCCCCUUCCCCAUACCCUUACCCUUACCCUUACCUCUUUCCCUACGGUGCUGAUACUUUGCUAACGGAGAAGAGGCGUUAUUUAAAAGAAAUUGUACAUAGAUUAUAUAAUAUUUAUAGUUAUCGAUGGAAAGUGCGAAGGAAGAACAGGAAACCGUGUAGAACAUUCGAUGAAACGCACUACCGUACGACGAUCGUUAACGAAGAUGCCUUGCUCGCGAUCGGUAGGGCUCGACCGUCCGCGCGAACCAAAAUGGCGUCGACGGCGGGCGAAGUAACUUUCACAUUCGCGUUGAAUGCCAAACCGCGCAAGGCAUCGAUUGAAAAGAAAAAAAAAGAUUAAAAUAAUUUGUGUCGCGAAACGAACGAAACAAUGACAAUGACGUUUAUUUGUGAUUCACUGCAAGUUUCGGGGAUCUGACUGUUCAUAGCGGUAUAAACUUUAAUCAUUACGAUAACUAUGCGUACAGUUUAAACAAACAAAAAAAUAAUAAAAAAAGUAUCGUGUGUAAUAUUAUAGAUAUUGUAGAAUGCGAGACGAUGCUACCGUAAAGAAGAAAAAAACACAAACAGAAAUUCAAGUUGAAGAGGAAAAAAAAAAGAUUAUUGCGGAUCUCUAACCAUUACUCGAAAAAAAGUUAUUUAAUUAUUUAUUUAUUGCGAGCGUAUAAACGAAUCUCUACCUACUGACGUACGGAUACGAUCGUAAGAAACAAAAAAAAAAAAAAUAAUAAUAAUAAUAAUAUGUUGCCCUAAUUUAAUCGAUAUAAUAUAACGAAGGUUACGUAUGAAUUUUCAUUUUCUUCAUAGAGGUUAAUUUGUACCGUAGGAAUUUUUUAAUAGCGAACCGAGAGGGCAGAACCAGGUACCUUUGGCUUUUGACAGCACAAGCUUGCUUCUCCCCUGAUUUGCAUGGAGACUAGAAUUGCACUCUGGUGCUUUCCUGUGAUAUAAAAAGUAAGAUCGUUCAGAAGCAUUGCAAUUGUUUUUCACACGUAAUUUGUAAGUGACCGAGUAUGACGGACGCAAGGCGUAAAUCAAAUUCUUGGACAAAUUAUAA